GCCUCAGGUGGCAACUUCGCGGAUCCGGAAGCAGGAAGUAGUUGGUGUUCUCCGGACCAGGAAACUGCCUGGCUGGGGGAGGUGGCACUCAGAGGCCUCGAGCUGAGAUGGACUUGGCGGAAGAGCUGGAGACCACAGCCCAGGAAGUGCUGGGGAAACUGAGGAGUGGUGAGCCGUUCCAGUCCAACUGGGACACUGCUGCCUUCAUCAUCUUCCUCAUUUUCCUCGGCACCGUGCUGCUCCUGAUGUUGCUCGUUUGUACCCACUGCUGCUGCCACAGCUCCUGCAGCCGCCGCGCCUCCAGACCCCAGAAGGUGAGCCCCACUGGCCCCCGGGGCUGGGCAGGCGCCAGGGGCAGCCUGGAACUGCCCUGGGGAGAGGAGGGUGUUGGGCCUCCUGUGGAGAGGGGCCGGCAGGGCACACACGAGUGAAGCCUCUCUUGCAGGUACACCCCAGGGGAGUGGAUAACUUGGCCUUGGAACCUUAACAUGGCAAGCCCACCAGCCCC